AUGGACGCGGGGGUGGGGGACAGAGCAGGCUAUUGCAGUCCUAGAGAGUGCUUAAUAAAUUCAUAUCAAAACCAUAAACGCUGGGCCGCCAUAAAUUCCUCUGGCCUUGGCUCCUCCAACCUCAUCAGCCCUUUGCCCCCGUUAAUCUCAAAUCUCAGCCUAGGCAGCCCGAGCCGCAAGCUUGGUUUCCAUUUUCAUUGCAAAACAACAUCAGCUCGGGUGGCAAACAGCACAGCCCAUGAUCACCAUUUCAGACAUGAUGAAACUGAAGUUCAGAGAGGUGAAGGAAAUUGUCCCAGGCACAAAGCCAGGGAGCAGUUGAGCCAAGACUCAAAGUCAGCCUUCUUUAACCAACCCACGUGGCCUCCCAAGAAUUGGGAAUUCACCUUCCCCCUACAGAGGCUCCUUCCCCAGCCAUGA